GAGCCGGGACGAUAAGUCGUCGUUGCGUUUUCUCGUCUCUGAAAGUUGCCUUUUUUUUUUUUUUCGAUCAAAACUUCGACGAAUUGUUGUACAAUUAUUACUGUAUAUCUUUCAUGAUAUCAUCAGACAUUUUUUAAAUUCAGUUUAUUUUUUUUUUCGAUUUGAUUUGAUUUGAUUUUUAUUUAGAUGUUACUGUAAAUUUUGUUUUGGUUUUUUUUUUCUCUUCUGUUUGUCUCGUCGGGAUUUUUAAUUAUUUUCACGAAGACGUUUUGUCGUUCUAUCGUAAGAAAAGAAAAGCCAAACACCUACGUCGAGAUUGAAUUUCGGUAAAAGUGAUUUGAAGAAAAUAAAAACCAACACACCAGGUCGUUGUUUACAGAAUAACAAAUAAAAAUAAAGACAUAAUCAAUCAAUAAGAAAGAAAGAACAAAAUAAGGAAGAUACUGUAAAAGGGAGAGAACAAAUUCAAUUUUGAAUUUUUUCAUCGAGCUGAGACUUCUGGAUUACGCGUCAAAUUUGUUACGUGCCAAAAAAAGGGGGAAGCUUUACAUCACAAGAGACGAGACAUAGGAUGGGCUCAUCCGUGCGAGCACUCGUUCUACAUUGAAGAGGUGGAGUACCGUAAGGGUGGAGGGGGAAGGGUGGUAAAAGGCGAAGGAAAAAGGAAGGAAGGAUGCCCGCCUCGCAAGCCGCCGCAACUGAGCGGCGAAACGAAAGAGUUAUGAUCUCACACGAACCGCCAAAAUUAAAAACAACGUUAAAAAUACCACCUAAACAAGCCACGAAUCCUCUUCAAUUUGUCAAAGUUGGACCAUGUUCUUUGUAUCGUACUGCACAAGAACAAUUACAAAAAGUUCAAGAAGUUAAAAAGAUCAAACAGGAGGUACGAGAUGAUCCGGAAGAUUGGCAAUCGAAUUUAGAUAAUUGGAAGAGCAGUAGGAGGAAGCGUCAAGAGCAUAUAAUAGAACGAGUGGUGGAGGUUAAAAAGUUAGAACUGGAGGAGCACGAUAGGCAACGUCGUCGAAGUAAAACCUUCUCGGAGAUGAUGGAAGAGCGAGGUAACAGAGGUCGGAAAUUGAGUAUUAGUCUGGCCAUGUAUCAUGAGGAGGAUGCGAACGAUUUGAGCGACCUUGGAAUCGGUACUAGUAGUGGCAAAAGUUCAGUUAGUGGUGACACCCACGAUGAUGCUCACAGUGUUCUCAGCGACAGAGACAGUGAAAUUGAAAAGAACCACUCGGACGUUGACAACGUGACCGGUGAUACCGGUGACAAUGUGAACAAUAAUAACGCUAAUCGAUCAUCAACCGGAAUGACAACUCUGACGACAACGGCGACGACGACGACGACGGCAACAACAACGACAGCAACUAGUGCAACGAAGAAACCAUUUGGUAAUGGGUUUCAUGGUCAUAAUCAUAAUCAGGAAUACGAUUCGGCAACUACGGCGACAGCUAGUUCGCCAGAACCGGAAGAGUACACGUACGAGGGUGCAAUUCGUGGUUACGUUUCAAGAGUAUCGCAAAAUAUACCAAGGAGAUCAUUGGUUAAUUUGGAUGUUAAAUUGGAUAACGUUAAAUCGUCUUCGUCGAAUGGAUCGAAGAUUAGCUUGAACGAGGAUAACAAAGUUGCAUCAACAACAUCAACAACAACUGUGGGAACCACAACAACGAUAACACCAAUUGUCAAAGUGGACAUAUCCAAAAGACGUGAAAUCUUUGAGAAGGGAACGCAAAAGUGUUCAGACCAAAAAUCAAAUAACGCUAAUAAUAAUAAUAAUAAUAAUAGUAAUAAUAAUAAUAAUAAUAAUAGGCUCUCGGGUGACUUCACAAGUACGAAGUCAAUCAAGGAGAGACUGUCCAACCUGGAGAAGCAAAAAAUUGAAUUGGAUAAUAACGAUAAGAUAUCAAACAAGGGACUUAACAGAUUAUCCGGUGAUAUGAGUUCUAUCAGGGAAAGGUUGUCACAUUUGGAGAAACAGACGAUAGAACGUGAAAGUAAGAUGAUUAAUAAUACUUCCAAUAAUCACAAGAUAAUCGUUAACAGUGGUGACGAAUUGGAAAAUGUAAGACCACUUCGUGAAAGGUUAUCAACGUUAGAAAAAUAUAGCAGCAGUGAUGAAUCAUCAGCACCACCAAACACGUUACAUGAGUCAAGACAACACAACAAUGAAUUUACCGCUAGAACAAUAAAGGAUCGUUUAAAUGCAUUGGACGUUAUCAGAAGCAAAGAAUCGUCAGAUAAAAGAGUAUCGAUGGUUAAACACUCCCUUUGCUUCAGGGAUCAAGAAAAUAGGAUUGAUACAUCAACACCUAGCGAAAGAAGUUCAUCACCUGACUCGGAAUAUCGUGCACCUAGAGCUGCCUUUCAUAGAAGUCUCGAUUCCCUUGAUGCCGAUGCUUCCAGUGGACCUGACACCUUCGAACGUGUUCAAAGUCUCGAAGAAUUUGAUUAUGGUCGACGUUAUCCAGCCUCGUCAUCAUCGGCCGAACUUUUGAACGAUACCGAUCGUGAGGAUUCUGGAAUUCACACAGCUGACGUUAGUUGUUCGGUUAGCCAAGCAGAUGAACCGGUUGACGAAGAAAUCAUCGUACACGCAACUACAAUUAUCGAAGAAAAACCAGAGGAUCUUCGAACGAUCGAGGCUACUUCUUGUUGUUCAACUUCGUCUAAUCAUGAUAAUAAUAUAAUUAUGACGAAGUCGAGCACCGUUGUUGCCAACGAGUCUACGACGACUGUCACCAAUCAUCAGCAAGAUGCAGUAGCAACUAAGGAUACUGCUGAUACUUCUUCUGGGGAACGGUCGACUAACAAAUCAUGCCCGCAUAUGCAAGUAGAAGUUAAUACUAACUCUAAUACAACAACACUACCACCCACGUCGAAUCGUCCGAUUGUCUAUCAAAGUCCCAGAGUACCCCCACGAAGAACACCACCUGAAACACUUCCUAAACCGAAGCUAAACCUUUUAAAGGAUCAUCCUAUUGAUCCCGUUAACAACAACAACAACAACAACAACAACGAAACUUUAUCUGUUACCAAAGAUACAGAAGAUCCCAUUCCCAUAGAAGACAAUCCAUUAACAUCAACACCUUCAAACCUUUCUAUGGAAUCAUCAAGCACCACCAACACUUGUCCAAUUCAAGACACUUCAAAGAUUACACGAACAGCUUCCAAAAUCCCAACACCACUCCCACGUAAAACUGUGCCUACUAAAUCAUCACCAACUCAUGCUAGUCCACCAACAACGUCAUCAUCUACUCCCAAACUCCAAUCAUCAUCAUCGUCAUCGUCGUCAUCGUCAUCGUCAUCAUCGGCUUCAUCGUCAACGUCAAAAACUACUCGUACUUCGUCUAACCAAAAUCCUAAAGCUUCGGAAAUCCCACUUCCAGUUAAUUCUAAUUCAUCAUCCAAAAUAUCAUCGUCAUCGUCAUCGUCAUCUUGUCCUACUACAACUACUACUACUACUACUACUUCAUCUUCAUCUUCAUCUUCAUCAUCCUCACCUACAUCCAACACGGAUAACCAACAAUCAACAACAACAACAACAAAUGCCGAGGAUACAAUAACAAAUCCUUGUGACGAAAGACGACGAACGGUUGUGGAAAUUUGCGAAAAGGUGGUGGUACCCCAUGGAAAAAUACCCGGGACACCAUCAGUAACACCAUUCAUCACGGUGGAUCGCGUUAAUGAGAAGAUGAAUUCAACCAUGGCAGAGGAACCAAUAAUCUUCAUGGAGAAAGAAAACGAUGAGAAGAACAGUGAAAUUAUUAGUCAGACACUAACAACAACAACAACAACAACAACAAGUACUAUGAUGGAUCAUGAAGAAGGAACAUCUAUGGAGAAUUUAUCAAUUAAUACAAAACUUGAAACAACUAUGAUUAAUACUACACCUACUAUUACAACUACAACUACAAAUAAUUCUAGUGAAGUUAUGACAAUAGAUACACCUGAUUCACCAACUUCACCAAUGCCAAUAAUACUUGGAAUUGAAAGGCCAACUUCAUUGAAUUUCAACAAAACUGAAAUGUCUUCUAACAUUGAUACGAUUAAUUGUCUCAGUCCAGUCUCACCUCAACAGUUUUUACCGUUGAGUUUGUCGAACGACGAAGAAAUAGUGACUGAUUUAGAUUUUCCAUUGGGUCCACCAACAACAGUUGAACCACCUAAGGAAAAACCACCGCCACCUCCUGUUGAUGAUAUCAGUGAUGAGGAAACGUUACCUGUGGAACCUCUCAAAAGAUUAAACUCAACUAGGAGAAUAAAAAAAGAAUUGAGAACUAGACGUUCAGAUUUUCUUGGAAUUGAAGGCAUAAACGACGAUGACUUGGAAAGGGAAUUAACGUUAAUGAAGCCACCAGACAUGGCAGCAAUUCUCGCUGAGGAGAGACGUAUCGAACAACUAAAUCGUCGUUCUUACGACACUGACAGUAAUUACGAGCAGGAUUCAAGCCACGAGAGGGAUUCCGGAGUCGAACUGGGACACGUUGAAGACUGGACGAAACAACCUGUCAGUCCUGAUAUGUCCCAGCAUAGUCGACAAAGUAGCGAACCAUUUGGCGCCAGUGUUACCUCAUCUGAGGAAGAUGAGAUCACGAAAAAGGAAAGAGAAAUCAUUGAGGUUUUAGAAAAAGAGGAACAAUGGCGAUACGGAAACAAUCACGAACACAACAGCGAUUUGGGAGAAAAAUUGGCACACAAAUUGCGCGAAUUGGAAGAAGAAAAGAUGCAAUUGGAACGUGAGAGAGCACAGGAAGUUGUAUUACGUAGACAGGAAGAGAAUUUACGGAAGAAUGAAGACAACGUACGCAAACAGGAAGAAACUCUACGUAAACAGCAACAGCAACAGCUACAACAACAGCAACAGCAGCAACAGCAACAACAUCUUUCUUAUAAUCAUCACCAUCAUCAUCAUCGUCAUCAUCAUCAUCAAGAUGAUGAAAUGAGACAACAACAGGAAGCUGCUCGUAUGGAAAUAGAAACCAAACGAGUUGAUGUUACGCGACAGGAAGAGGAACGUCGUAUUCAAGCUGAACAACAAUUGAGAAUUCAAAAUGAGAUUGAAGAGAAUGAAAGAAGAGUUGCUGCUGCUACUGCUGCUGCUGCUGAUGUACGACGAAAGGAAGAAAUACGAAUUCGUGCUAUGGAAAAUCAAAUUCGUGAGCAAGAGAACAAGAUAUUGGUUGGUGCUGGGUUGAACAACCACGAAGAUGAAUUUGCUUCUGGGGAAGUUUUACGUGUUGAGAGAGAAUUACUUCAAUUGGAACAGGAAGAAUUGAAGAGACAACGAAACAAUCUCGCUUAUCGUGAACAAAAACAAUUGAAAUUGGCGGAACAAUUACAGGAACAGUGGAAAUCAUUACAAGACGUUGCUCAUGGUUCAUCUAACAUUUCUCAACAAUACAAGCAUCAGCCAGCUGUAAAUUACAGAUCGUCUAUGCCAAAUCUUCAAUUACAGGAUGCUCAAAGAAGACGACCACCACCACCACCAAUACCAUCUACCAAACCUUUACGUCACGUUGAACAAAGACAAAGAGACGUGACUAUCAGGAAUAGUCGUGUACCAUCAGCUGAUUCUAUACCACAACAAGUGGAUGCAUCAUUAAGACAUAGUUCUUCUGCAACAACACUUUCUUGUCAUGCUGGUCAACAAAUGACGAGGCAAACAUUGCAAGCACUUAGUGCAGCACCUAGACCAAGAAUCGUUCAAGGAGAUCAGUGGGUGCAACGAAGGAAAAGCGAUGUACCUAGAGGCAUUCAUGAUUUUAAUUAUCAACAUUGGCUCAUUCAAGAAGCAGAACAACGGAGGAUUCAUGAGAAAAAUCAAAGAUCACCUGCACGAAAGUCUCAACCUCACGUGACCGGAACAUCUGUACCUUAUGCCGCUGCUCCGACACGGUCGGAUAGCAAGCCGUUACCAGAUUCCAUUAUACAAACUCUUACUCAAAGAGUACAGAACAGAGUACAGGAUAAGCCACUAUCUCCAAGAAGAAGAUUAGAACAUAGUACGAGUCAAGAACAUAUUCCUCUUCAACAUUCUAAUGCUAAUAAUCAACAAUUAACAUUACAACAAAAAUCACAACAACCUGUAGUACCACCACCACCACCACCAUCUUCUUCUUCUUCUUCUUCUUCUUCUAACAACCCUGACAAUCAAGAAAAAAUGUUAAGCGUCAGUGGAAAAAAGAAAUGUUCUCAUUGUGGAGAUGAGUUAGGUCGAGGAGCCGCGAUGAUAAUCGAGAGUCUACGUUUGUUCUACCACAUGGAAUGCUUCAAGUGUUGUGUCUGUCACGUACGACUAGGUGACGGAUUAAUGGGAACGGACGUACGCGUUCGAAACCACAAGCUCCACUGCCAUAACUGCUACUCCAGUGACGACGGUACUCACACUUAAAACUCUACCUAGUAUUAUUCCGUACAGUUUAUAAGAUUUAGGUGUCAAGUUCAGCUGCGUGUAGAAAAGCACGAGACCCUCCUCUCCCCCUGGGCUAAAUGGAUUCGUGUGCCGACUAACUUCUUGAAUAUUGCGUUCACCUGGUUACACUUUUUUAAGUUAUGCGUGUGUGUGUGUGUAUGUAUGUAUGUGUGUAUUUAGUUGAUCAUUUAAGUAGUUAGCUAGGCUUACACGACAAUUUCGCGACAGGUUUCUCCGUUCGCACGUGUACAUAUUAUUAUUAUCAUUAUUAUUAUUAUUAUAUUGGUAUAUAAGUAUAUUUAUAAAUG